UCUGAGCCCGCCUUGCCCCUAGAAGCCCCGUGGGGGAGGCACGUGCCAGCCCAUCCCUUGCUGGUGCGGCCUCUUGAAGAGCUGUAAGCCCCCCCGGAUGAUGGGGGGGGCCCCCAAGGGCCUGUUGCCCUGGCUCAAGGCAGCUUAAAGACCAACUGGGGAUGGCGGGGGAGGGCGUAGGUUAAAAAUUAAGCCACUGGGUGGGGGGAGACCCAGCAGAGGACACUGGUCUGUGGUGAAUGGGGGCACCCCUGGGUGUUGGAGGGUUGUUGGGGGUGGCUCAGCAGCCCCAGAGGCUGCUCAGAUAGGGGAAAGCCAGAGCUCAUAGUUUGGGGCCCAGCACUCCCUGGCCGGUUGCAAUUUUUCAUCUUUUCCAGUAAAGAUGGAAACAAGUUUGGCUGCAGCCUUGGGCCAAGUCCUGGGAUUUGCCAGGCUGUCAUUCUGGAAGGUGCACGUUUGACUUGUGUGAAGUCCUCUGUGCGUUUCUUGCAAUAGUUUAUCCCUGAUCCUCUUUCCUUCUUUCAUUUGUUCUGGAUCAUUACCCAAAGAGGCCUCUGAGGUGGAAUAUGGUUAAAGGUGCAGUACAUUUUUGGCAAUGCGAAGGAAGGAAGAAAGAAAGUAAGAGGUCAGGAACCUUCACUGCUGUGCCUUUGAAAAUGCCUGGUACCCAAAAUGUGCAUAUUCAAAGACAAUGUCACAAAUCUUCUGCAGCUUCAACAUCUUGUCUGUGCAUUGAGAGUAUGCCAUCUGAGAUAUUGUUGAAAAUACUUUCUUAUUUGGAUGCUGUAACCCUGUUGUGUAUCGGAUGUGUGAAUCGGCGCUUUUAUAAUCUGGCCAAUGACAAUGUCAUCUGGUUCAAAAAAUAUUCCAUUUCUUUUCCAUGUAAAAUACUUAAUUGGAAAACUGAGUCUAUAGAAACAACUACUGUCUCACUGAGCCAUGCUACAGUCCAGGAAAGAAAAUUGGGGUACUGGAAAAAGGAAUACAUUAUGAAACACAAAGCAGUUACCAAAACCGGAAUAAUUCAACUUCUCAGACCUAUAAACCUUUACACUGGCCUUCCUCUUAAAAGCAAGGAAGCUAUAAAAGCAUCUAAUUUGAGCUGGGUGGUCAUACUGAAGGACAGAAAGGGAAAGGAGCAUGUAGUGGAGCAGGUGGACAUUACUUUUAAUGACACGUCUGUUACUGUAUAUUGGUAUGGUACCAGUUGGCCAUGUUUAGACACUUUGUCAACUCUGGAAUUAUGUGGCAUGACACCAUUGCUGCUCAACCGAUGCAAGGUUCCAACCAAGAAUGGACCUCGGUGGUGUUCCCUAAUUGCUGAGUAUGAUCUUACUAACUUGACUAAAGCCCCUACAGUGAUUGGUUCGGACAGUCUUGUUCAGCUUCUACAUCUGGAUCCAGGGCUUCUAAUGGGACUGUGGAAGGAAGGGAAUGAGAUUGCUUUUAUUGUGGCAACUCUUCAUUAUCACCAAAUUAUUGAGAAAAGCACACUGGGCUCUUCCACUAUACGAUAUGUCCUGCCUACUCAUAAACCUAUACUGGAUGAUGUUGACCCAGAGUAUGGACUGCAUGGCUACCAACUACACAUUGACAUGCACAGUGGUGGGCGUUCUUAUGUGUGUUCUACAUUUCGCAAUCUGUUCUGCAGAAAAGAUUACAUUCAAAAUGGAUAUUUGAAGAUUAUAGUUAUAAGUUUAAAAGAUAAUGCACAACACUUACCUCUGAUUGGGAAAGUUGGAUUUUUCUGGAAAACAUCUGUACUUGAAGGCAAUAUAAAGAACUGUUACAUGAUGGAUAUCACCGUCUUGGAUGAAAUUGAAAAACCCUUCUGGUGCUUCAGUGCCCCAGUCUACAUGAGACUGUCUUCUAAGACAUCUGGCCUUUAUGACUACAUGGGGCACAUCUAUGACAUAAACUAUGUGGAUUCAGAUGGAAAAGUGCACAUUGAGCUUGUGUGGAUGGAUAAUGCCAAGGAAUAUUAUAUAGUGAAUCUAAUCCUUUACAUAAGCACCAAAAAAGUUAACAGCUGGUAUGGAACAAACUACUGAUACUAAUAAUUUCUGCAGAUAACUUUUUAAAAAAAUGUCCUGCAGAUAACUAAUUUAUUUUUUUGAUAAUUAAAAGUUCAAAUGAUUCUGUAAUCCAAAUGUUACAAGUUGUUUUAUGCUCUUUUUUUCUGAAAAUUACUAAAUUGAAUCAUAGUUUCCCUUGUAACUGUACCAUAGAUACUUAAUAUCUGCGCCAGUUACUAGGUAUGAUGGGAGGGAAGAAAAAAAGGAAAAAGAUCAAUGUCACUUUUAUACCUUACCCUCUGAGAUGGUGAAGAGUGACAUUCUGUUUCUGGGUGUGGAUUCAUAUUUGGAGCCAUUUAAAAAGGGCAGCAGCUAUCACAUUUUAGUUGCAUGUGAACAUAAUACAAUGAUAUAAUUGUAGCAAAACCACUCAACUUCUACCCUGGAUGAAGCAGCAUUUAAGUUGGAAUGGUUUUGCUAUAUUUGUUUUUUUCUCAGGUGGUUUAUACAGAAUUAGAAUGCAACUGCUGUCCUCUUGAAGCUUUCCCCUUUUGAAACUGUUCUAAAUGUGCACUAUUAAUUUGUGGAUAUAUGUAAAUAAAACAUUAUUAUCACCACUCUGAUCUACACAGUUCCUGAAAGCUAAAAUCUGCUUUGAAAAACCACAGUCUUAAAGUUUCAGUGACAAGGCAGCACAGCCUUAGUGUUGACUAUGCCUCUGUGCUGUUCUCUUACAGAUUGUGGAGGAUACUUUUGAAGAAUGAGAAAACUUAGGUAGAGUUUUUUUUUUUUGUUUUUUUUUUCUAAUUCCAGGGAAUUUAUUCAGGUUUUAAAAGAUUUUUAGAUUACAAAACAGAGAUGAAUGAUGCAUGGUUUAAGGUAAUUCACAAGGGGAAGAGUUCUACCAAUACAAUUGUAUACAAUUAAAACUGAUGGUUUACAGUGCUGUUAGCUCAGGGAAAAUGCAUUUAAUUUUAACUUUUGUUUAUAUAUUCCAGCAAACACUUUCAAAUAUGGGAGCCUAGAAUUAUGCACUGAAAUCCACAUACCAGCCAUUAAAUAAAUGUUCUGAUUUUGAGGCAUUUGUCUUCACCAGCUCCCAUUGGUAUACUUAACAGUCCAUAACUUUUGUAGAAACUGUGAUUCUUGUUAUUUAACUGUAGAAACUCAAUUUUUGAAAAUUUAGGUUUGUAUGCUUAAUCUUUCACUCAGGAUAGUCAGUGGUAAAUUUAGAGUGUAAUUCUGUUCUUAUUUGAAAUCUGCUGGAUGUGAGCCAGAGUAAAGAUUGCAGCAUUGACACACUGUCAUUUUAUUACAUGGGUAACAUUAGCAUAUUGUAUGUCAUAUAAAUGAGCAGUAAGUUUGAGGUUUCUCCUCUUCAUUGUGGAGGAGGAAGUCUGAGUAUAAUAUCUGGCUUCUUGUUAAUUAAAUAUUUUCUUUAAAAUGUAUUCUUUCUGUAUAUAGAUUUGUAUUGGUUCGCAUGAGCCAACUUUUAUUUAAACAGUGGCUGAGCUUAAGUAUUUGUUCUGCAGAUGCAGAGACUCCUUUUGUCAACAUUUUUUGUUUUGUUUUCUGGGUUGUUUUGUUUUUUUUUGAAAUGUAGUUAUUGUUUGAACUCAAAGAGAAUAAACUAUAGUUGAUUCUGUU